AUGGAACUCAACCGAGAACAUUUUCGCGCCAUAAUUUAUUACAACUUUCAGAGACAAUUAUCGCAACAAGAAUGCCUUGCUGAGUUACUGUCAGUUUUCGGCAACGAAGCGCCACAUCAGUCGACAAUCUCCCGUUGGUACGGAGAAUUCAAACGUGGACGGGUGAGUCUUAGCGACGAUCCCAGGGUGGGUGCACCAAAAACGGCAGUCACCCAGGAAAACGUCGAUGCUGUGCGCAAACUCAUCAUUGAAGAUAGACAUGUGACACAUCGCGAGAUUGAGGCGAAAUUAGUUUCUCGUUGGAUACCCCACCUGUUCACUGAAGAGCAGAAAGCAGCCAGGGUUAAUCGGUGUCAAAAAAUACUCGACGGUUUCAAUUCCGGAAACUCAAAAAAUGUGUACAGCAUUGUUAGUGCCGAUGAAUCGGGGAUUUACUGUUAUGAACCAGAAAAUAAACGACAGUCGGCUGUUUGGGUGUUCCAAGGUGAAGAAAAGACAACAAAAGUCACCAUGGUCGCGACAUUUGUGUCAAAAGCGGGUCAUAUUGCAACCAUUUCUCUUAAUGAGCAAAGAACUGUUACUGCGGAUUGGUAUACCACCAUUUGUUUGCCAAAAGUCAUCACCGAGCUUCGAAAAAUCAACCCCGAAAGAAGAAUCAUCCUCCACCAAGACAAUGCAGGCUCGCACACAGACCAAAAAACAAGGCAGUAUUUAACGGAAGAAAACAUGGAAUUAUUGGACCAUCCUCCAUAUAGUUCCGAUCUAAGUCCUAACGAUUUCUUUACUUUCCCGAUAAUUAAAAACAGAAUGCGUGGUCAAAGGUUCCAGUCACCAGAAGAAGCAGUUGACGCAUUCAGAAAUGCCGUUUUGGAUCUGCCAGCAAAGGAGUGGAACACGUACUUCGAAAAUUGGUUCGAGCGCAUGCAGAUGUUUAUUAAUGUUCGUGGAGAAGACUUCGAAAGGCAAUAA